AUGCUUGAAUCAACUGUGGCAUAUAUAUUUUUCGCAUUCAUUACAACUGGGAUGUUACUAGUGCCCUCUCGCACGCAUUGGAAGGCCAGAAAUGCAGGGACUAUACUGAUAAUAGGCUGGGUCUCAGCCGAAAAUUUCUUCGACGCCAUCUCGUCUAUUAUAUUUCUAGAUGCAAGAUCCGCAAGAGCAGUAAGUUGGUGUGAUUUUGCUGGCGCUUUAAAGUACAUGUGGGGAACAGGGUGCUGUAUGGGCAGCCUACUACUGCUUAGACGUUUAAAGAUCAUUGCUUCGAAUCGGCCAGGUACUUCCAAAAAUCCAAGCAAGAAUCUCAUGUUCGCCAUCGAGAUAACUGUAGGUAUUAUUGUACCACUAUUAGAGGUUCCAUUUCAUGUGAUUGUUCAAGGGCACCGAAUGGACGAAAUUCAAGGUCUCGGUUGUUUCGUACCAAUGUACCCAAGCUUGCUGUCUGUGUUCUUGAUCAUGGUUUAUCCAGUGGUUGUUAUUUUGAUCAGUGGAGCGUAUGGAGAGUUUUAUCGGUUUUUCAAUCCAAGCCAAACAGGACUUUCCAGAUCACAGUACCUACGUUUGAUGGCAUUAGGCAUCUUGAAUGUGUGUUUAUGGUUUCCUUUGUCAUUCGCCUUGCUCAUUGCCAAUUUGACACAUCUUAAAAUUAUGCCGUACCACAACUGGAGAAGCGUUCAUGGUAAAUUUAACGUCGUGGACUUUUACCCCAUUGAAGUAUUUCAACAGCUAAACAAAACCUCUUACAUCAUUUUGGAAUUGUCUAGAUGGAUCGGACCUGUCGUUGGGCUUGCGUUCUUCCUUUUCUUUGGUAUAAAACCAGAAAUAUGGAAAUUCUAUUACAACACCAUCAAGAGGUGGAAAUUUGUGGGUUGCACCUGUAAUUAUGUCAGGUCAUUAACGGAAUCGAAAGGAAAGGAAUCAUCUCAAUACAACACAGAGAGCGAUGAUGAACAGAGAUCCAUUACUGAUGUCGCAACAUUAUGUGACGAAGGGUCAAAUAAAUGGACAGUUGAUUUGGAAAAGGGAGAAAAUUUUUGA